UUUUUUUUUUUUCCAUUUAAUAAAAUAAAAGGGAAACUCAAUCGAAAACAUAAGAAAAGGAACCUCCACGAAUCUCUCUCACUAAACACCCGCCGUCAGCCAUACGCCGGAUCUGCAUUGUGAGAAAAGAUGAGUAAGAAGAAAAACCCUUUAGUUUUUAUGGACUUGUCGAUAGACGGAAGUCCUGCCGAAAGAAUCGUAAUUGAGCUUUUUGCCGAUGUUGUGCCUAGAACGGCUGAGAAUUUCCGAGCACUUUGCACGGGGGAAAAAGGCAUUGGAAGCACUACUGGAAAGCCGAUGCACUACAAGGGGAUUGUAUUCCAUCGUAUUAUUAAAGGCUUUAUGGCUCAAGGUGGCGACUUCUCAAAACAAAAUGGCACUGGUGGGGAAAGCAUCUAUGGAGGAAAGUUUGCAGAUGAGAAUUUCAAGCUGGAUCAUAGUGCGGCUGGUAUGCUCUCUAUGGCAAAUGGCGGCCCCAAUACAAAUGGAUCUCAGUUCUUUAUACUCUUCAAGCGUCAACCCCAUCUUGAUGGGAAACAUGUUGUUUUUGGCAAGGUAACAAAGGGAAUGGAGACUAUUAAGAAGAUUGAGCAGUUGGGAACAUCAGAUGGAAAACCUGAUGGUUUGGUAAAAAUUGUAGAUUGUGGUGAAGUUUCUGAAGAUAAAAAGGAUAGUGCUCUGAAGUCUGAGAAAGGUAUUGGUAACAAGAAAAAGUCUGGGAAGAAAGCUAUUUCUUCUGAUGAUAGUUCUGAUGGGCGGGCAAAAAAACGACGUGGAUCAACUCUCAGAGAUAAAAGGAAGAAACGAAGGAAGUACUCAUCUUCGGAAUCAUCCAGCUCUGGUUCAGAUUCGGAGUCUUAUUCUUCAGAGAGUGAUUCUGAUUCUGUGUCUGAUUCUUCGAGUUCAUCUAGCGAUGGGAGGCGUCGGAAGAAGAGGUCAACAAAGAGAGAUGGCAAACAGCGUAGGACCAAACUGAGAAAAGCAAAGAAAUUAAAGAGAGUGCCGGUCUCCAAAAGAUCAAACCGUACAUCGAAAAGCUCAGAUAGCUCAAGUGAAUCAAAAAGUGGGAGUAGCAGCUCUGAUGAUGGUAAAGCAAAUCGCCGUGUUGCAAAGGUGAAUAAUAGACCUCCACGUAGUUCAGUCAGGGAAACUUCACCAAAUUUGUCACUAAAAGAACCUGAAGAAAAGCUGCAAAAAGAUCUUGAUUCAAAGAAAAAUGUGCGAACCUCAUCAAAUGAAGAACAAGAGCUUAUCCUGAAGAAUGGCGAACUUCAGAAAAAUGGGCUUGCUAAGGAAACUAAAUUUGAUAAGCCUUCUAGCCAUCAAGAACGUCAACAUUCAGAUGGUUCAAGCAAAUCCAGGAGUGGCAGAAGUCCUGCAAGGAGAGUGUCUAAAAGAAGUGCAAGCCCAAUCUCAAAGAGGGUUACAAGGAGCCCAAGUGUUUCCAAUGAUAGAUCCUUGUCUAGGAAGUCUGGCGAAGAUAAGGUGAGUGCGUCAAGGAGUCCCGUACGAAAAGGGUCUCAACCAUCUGUGGUCGAGAAGAGUGUGUCAAGAAGCCGAUCACCAAAUGGCACUCCAAAACGAGUUAGAAAAGGACGAGGCUUCACCAAGGAAUAUUCUUUUGCUCGGAGAUAUCGUACCCCAAGCCCAGAGCAGUCACCUCGCAGGUUUUAUCAGUCUGGCUAUGCUCAGGGAAGGAACAAUAAUAAUAGCAGGUAUCCCAACUAUAGAAGAUAUUCUGAGCGCUCCCCACCACGACGAAACAGAAGUCCACCAAGAGGCAGGAGUCCUCCCAGAUACAGGAGGAGUCGUAGUAGGAGCAUCACUCGCAACAGAAACGGGAAUCGAAGCCGAAGUCCAGCUCGCAGCUCGAGUCCUGCAGAAAGGCGACCAAAUAUAAGCGACAAAUUGAAAUCCCGUCUUGGACCAAGGGUGGCAUCUUCCAGAAGAAGAUCAACCUCGAGAUCACCUUCUAGGUCUCCACAUGAGCAUUCUAAGUCUAUGGCACGAACCCGGUCUAGGUCAAGGUCAAGAUCAAGAUCAAGCUCACGGUCUAGCUCACAAGGUGGUCAACGCAUGGUCAAGAAAGUGAUGGCUGCGUCCCCAAGUAGGUCCAGGUCAAAUUCACCUGUGGGUCAAAGGGGUCUGGUUUCUUAUGGGGAUCUUAGUCCCUAAACCGUAUGUUGAUUAAAUCAAAAUCAUGUUUUAAUAUACCUUUUGACUACCGACUCCGUAUCUGUUUUGACUGAUUGUGUAAGUCUUUUUUUUGUUGCUGGAAUUCGAUUUUAAACCUAUAAGAUAAUAAAUAUAUUUCCCGUGCUUUGAAACA